CGCGGCCUCCCCCGCCGAGUCGCGCGUCUGCGCAAUAGCUGUUAUUGUGACUGGGACCGCGGCCCCGGAUGUUGUGGCUGCCCGGCGGAGAUGGCGGAGGCCGAGGGGGUGGCCGCGGCCCCUGGCCCGGGUUCGGGGUCAACUCUGAGGAGCUGCCGCGCUAUGUCGGGCUCCGGGGAGCGGGGCCAGCAGGUUGAGGCGGCGCAGCGGGCCCUGGUGGAGCUGCUGGGACCGUACGAGCCUCUGCUGAGCCGGGUGCAGGCAGCCCUGGUGUGGGAGCGGCCAGCCAGGAGCGCCCUGUGGUGCCUCGGGCUGAACGCGGCGUUCUGGUUCUUUGCAUUGACAUCCCUUCGCCUUGUGUUUUUACUUGCAUUCAGCUUGAUGAUCAUUGUGUGUAUUGAUCAAUGGAAGAACAAAAUCUGGCCUGAAAUAAAAGUGCCGAGACCCGACGCAUUAGACAAUGAGAGCUGGGGCUUUGUGCACCCUCGGUUGCUCAGCGUGCCCGAGCUCUGCCACCAUGUAGCUGAAGUCUGGGUUAGUGGGACCAUUUUCAUAAGGAAUCUUUUGCUUUUCAAAAAGCAAAACCCAGGCAAGUUCUGCUUGCUGAGCUGUGGGAUACUGACCUUUUUGGCUGUUUUGGGCCGCUAUAUCCCUGGGCUCCUGCUGUCCUACUUGAUGCUUGUCACUGUCAUGAUGUGGCCCCUUGCUGUGUACCACCGGCUGUGGGAUCGAGCAUAUGUGCGGCUGAAGCCGGCUCUGCAGCGGCUGGACUUCAGCGUCCGUGGCUACAUGAUGUCCAAGCAGAGAGAGAGACAAUUGCGCCGCAGAGCUCUACACCCAGAACGUACCACGGACAACCACAGUGACAGUGAAGAGGAGCUAGCUGCCUUCUGUCCUCAGCUGGAUGAUUCUACUGUUGCCAGGGAAUUGACCAUCACAGACUCUGAGCACUCGGACGCUGAAGUCUCCUGCACAGACAAUGGCACAUUUAAUCUUUCAAGAGGCCAAACGCCUCUAACGGAAGGCUCUGAAGACCUAGAUGGGCACAGUGAUCCAGAGGAAUCCUUUGCCAGAGACCUUCCGGACUUCCCUUCCAUUAAUGUGGAUGCUGUUGGCCUGGAUGAUGAGGACGACACUAGCAUUGGCAUGCCCAGCUUGAUGUAUCGUUCCCCACUAGGGGCCGUGGAGCCCCAGGCCCCACCUGCCAGCCAGGAUGAGGCUGCACUGCCAGAGCUCCUGCUUGGUGCUCUGCCUGUAGGAUCCAACCUCACCAGCAACCUUGCCAGCCUAGUCUCCCAGGGUAUGAUCCAACUGGCCUUGUCAGGAGCCUCCCAGCCUGGCCCUUCUGGCCCACCUCCCCGGAGAGCAACAAGAGGUUUCCUUCAGUCCCCUAGUUCAGAUCUGGACACUGAUGCUGAGGGGGAUGACUUUGAACUUCUGGACCAGUCAGAGCUGAAUCAGUUGGACCCUGCCAGUUCCAGGAGCCAAUGAGGCAAAGAUUCCUUUGGGGGUCACUGCGAUUUAGGCUUUUUUCUUCCCAUCCAACUGAAGGUGACGGGGCAAGGGAAGAACCCAGUUCCCAUCUCCUGAAUUCUGUUUGUAUGCUGGGUGGCCUGGCUGCUCAGAGGCCUGCUUAGAGAGGAUACUCACUCCCCUGCUACCAGCUGGACACCCGUUUCUGAGCUCAGUCACUGAAGUGAGAGUGUGCGCCCCUGAGGGAGGCUUCUGUCAGCAUGGUACUUUGGGGAACAGAGUAGUCAGGGAUAUUGUUCCCCUUUGAGGAGGUGCUGCUGUUUGCUCUGAGGUGUGGGUGCUCAGGGUCCCUCACUGAUAAAAGAGCCCAUCCCUUCCAUUCUCCCUUUACCUCCCUAUGGAGCCUCGAAAGUCAGGCAGCAGCUGGAAGAGUUACAUUGUCACUAUCUUUUGUUAAACCCAAUUUUUUUUUUUUUUUUUUUGAGCAAGCUUGUCCUUCGAUUCUGUAGAACAGGCCUGCUCCUCCUCUAGCCCAUCCUCAUUUCUUGGGGCCUGACCCUCAGUGCUCCCAAGUAGUGCUUGUGAAAUUUAAGAAAUGUGAACAUGAUGUGGGGUGUCUCUUCUGCAUCACCUUGGACUAUGGGGGUCAGCCAGCAGGGAGGGUGAGUGUGUACCUCUGUAUCUUGAGGUCUCACUGAAACUUCUGGAGCUGUGUGGUUGUCUUUGGUGCUGCUAACCCCUGGCUCCAUUUGUCCAGCAGCCUGAACAGUGAGCAAAGCAAUACCAUACUCAUUUCUAUGUUCCUGUACCUUCCCCUGCUUCUCCCUUGGAGAAGCAGUAAUUCCAUGGGGGAUGGCAAAGUAGCACUUUACAAAGGGCUCUGUGGCAUUCACCCCAAUAGCCACAAGCUCUUGCACCAGCUCUUCUUACUCCGUGUUUAGCUCCUUUACUGCUUUUAUUUUCAACUACUUCCCAACGGGCAGGCCUUCCUUUAAGGAUGAGCCCAGGCAGGUGUGGUGGUUCACACCUGUAAUUCCAACACUUUGGGAGGUGGAGGCGAGAGGACUUCCUGA